CAAAUUCACCACUUAUACGACGCCACGGGGAACGACGACGUAGACGUAGCAAGCGAAAUUCUCGAAGCCGAUCGGGAAACAGCUGAUCCGUCGAUUGUUAACCGAACGAACACACUUUGUUGACCAGUAGUCGCGGGGAAAUUAUCGGUCCGCCGACCGUUUUAGCAUGGGUAAAUAGUAUUUUUCGGGCGACGAGCACGGGUAAUCGUACACGCGAUAAACCGAAGAUGUGCGUUGACGUGUCUUAAUGACGUAACGUCGUAUUUCAACCACGAAAACUCGAACAGAACAGUACAGAUAUUCGAAGAUGAUGUCGAGAAUAUCAUCGCCGAGCUGCUUGCAUUAACGUUUUGUUCGUACCAGCUGAUUGAUAGAAGCACGAUCAAAACACGAUCGGCAAAAUGAAGCUGAGAAAAGAGUUUAUUUUACUGUUGCUGGUGAUGUCGGUCGCUAGCGAGGUGUCCAAGAAGCGGUCGGACACCUCCGAGGAGGAAGCAGAAGAAGAGGUGGAUUUGAAGCGCUUUGAAGCUUUACGCGAUGCCCUCCUAAAGAUAGUGCCAGACGCCGAAGUAUUUACUAACGACAAGAUUAUAAACAGAAAGGAAGAUGAUGAGAGUGAUUCGAAAAAUAAGGACGAUAGUCCUGUUAUGAGAAAUGUAUGGAUGAAAGCGAUGAUAGCUCAGACUAAGAAUAUUGAUUUACCAAAUAGUAAUAUAAAGAUCGAGGAAGAGGACCUCGAAGCAUGGAACGAGGAAGGACAACUGGAACUUCUGACCGAGGAGGCGGAGGAACCGCUCACUCCGGAGCAACAAGAAGCGGAGCAAAUAUUUAGGAAAGCACAGAGUCUGUUGAACGCUACGCGGUCGAAUAAAGCGGAAGCUUACAAGUUGUUGACGUCUGCUGCGAUCCUUGGACAUCGCGAGGCUCGGUCUAUGUUAGCAUGGGCUCAGUUAUUGGGAAUCCCGUACGGCACUCCGGCCCAAGACAUCCCAGCAGCUUACAAGACUUUUAAGGAGCUUGCCGAGACGGGUCUACCGUCUGCUCAUAUGGGCAUGGGCUUUCUAUACGCGACAGGAUUAGGCGGGGUGAACGCUUCACAGGCAAAAGCACUGCUUCAUUACACGGUAGCAGCUCUCGGCGGAGACAGCCGCGCACAAAUGGCUUCGGGCUAUCGCUAUUGGGCCGGAAUCACAACGCCGGCUUCAUGCGAGAGAGCUCUCGACUUUUAUCGUAAAGUGGCCGACAAAGUCGCGGACGAAGUCUCUCUGAGCGGCGGUCCGGUCGUUCAGAGAGUCAGGCUGUUGGACGAACAGGAGAAUCCAGCGUACAGCUCGGGAAUCUUUGAUCAAGACUUGAUCGAGUAUUAUCAGUUACUGGCGAAGAAAGGGGAUAUACAGGCUCAGGUGGGGCUCGGCCAGUUGCAUUAUCAAGGCGGACGAGGUGUACCGCUCGACCACGAAAGGGCAUUGCAAUAUUUUCAACACGCUGCCGAUGCUGGAAACCCUCUCGCCAUGGCGUUUCUCGGAAAGAUCUACUUAGAAGGUAGCGACAUAGUGAAGCAAGAUAACGAAACAGCGUAUAAGUACUUUAAGAAAGCCGCCGAGCUCGGCAAUCCUGUCGGACAGAGCGGCUUGGGUAUCAUGUAUCUUCACGCAAGAGGCGUUGAGAGAGACACCGCGAAGGCUCUUCAAUAUUUCAGCCAAGCUGCCGAGCAAGGAUGGGUCGACGGACAGCUUCAACUCGGCAACAUGUAUUUCAGUGGUGUAGGAGUGAGACAGGAUUACAAAGUAGCUAACAAGUACUACAAUCUGGCCAGCCAGUCCGGGCAUGUACUGGCAUUCUACAACUUGGCGCAAAUGCACGCUACCGGUACUGGGAUGAUGCGCAGCUGUCCGACUGCCGUCGAGCUUCUGAAGAACGUCGCCGAGAGGGGAAAAUGGAGCGACCAAUUGAUGGUCGCUCAUGCGGAUUAUAGAGAAGGCAGAAUAAACGAGGCGUUCGUUAAUUAUGCUCUCCUCGCGGAAAUGGGAUACGAGGUUGCACAGAGCAACGCCGCGUUUAUACUCGACAAAGGAGAGACCACAAUACUAACCGAGGAAGAAGGAUUAGUUAGAGCGCUUGCUCUGUGGGCUAGAGCAGCUGCUCAAGGAUAUUCCGCCGCUCAGGUCAAAUUGGGAGACGCUCAUUACUAUGGCAGAGGCACGAAAGUAGAUUACGAGGCGGCGGCUAGUCAUUACCGGUCAGCCUCCGAACAACAGCACAAUGCUCAAGCGAUGUUCAAUCUCGGUUACAUGCACGAACGCGGUUUGGGCUUGGCAAAGGACCGUCAUUUAGCUAAACGGUGCUACGAUCUCGCAGCCGAAGCCAGUCCAGACGCAAGAAUACCCGUCGCGUUGGCCCUGAUCAAGCUAUCGUUCCUCUUCGGUUUGGAUUACUUGCAAGAGUUCAGCCUGGUCGAUCAUCUGAAUAAAUGGGACCAGUUACUGGGACAGAACUGGGACUUGUAUCUGAUAGGAUUUUUCACCGGCGUGCUCAGCUUGAUCAUCUACUUCCGCAGGCCACAACCACCGCCCCCACCUAGGAUUAACUAGUUUCUUUACUAAUUACUUUACUCCCUCCUCCUAUUUUCUUUUUUUCCGUUGUCUUUUAGAUCGAACGAAAAUUUGUUACUGAUGGUUCGUAAAUACAUGCACCUGAGUGCAUACAGA